GUUGUUUUUGUUUUGUUACUUGAUAUGAAAUAUUUAAGCGCGAAAAUAUUGUUAAUUAAAUGUAUUUUUAAAAUACGUCGAGAACAUGUCUAAACGCGUAUAUUACCCACAACAACAAGGUGAAAGAAAAAGGGCAAAAUUAGAUAUUACAGGAGGCGAUAAUCACUUAGCUCUGAGUCAAAAUAAUGAUAGGAAUAAAGACGAAAAUCAAGAUAAUUGGGGAGAUGAGGUCGACGACGAAAUACUGCUACUUGCUAGCCAGGCAUGUGAACAGGCAUACACAAAUGUAGACUGCAGUUUACCAGAUUACAGCAUGUGUAUGAAACCAACAUCAACAAGUACCCAAAACUUCGACCCUGGGCCAAGCACAUCAUUUAACCCAGACCCAUUUAAGAAACCACAUACUUAUAACUUCACAUCACAAAGUAUUAAAAACAAAUGCAAUUUUAUUUCAUCACCAUUACCGAAUAUUUCAAAAACUUUACAAAACACCAACCAGAAUGUCACCGAAGAUGUCAUAUUCAAUGAUAAAGUUCACAAAGGUGACACAGACUUUGUCUAUAAACAAUUACUACAAUUAAAAGAAGAAAAUUCUAAACUCAAAUCUGAGAAUGGGAAAUUACUAGAGAAAUGUGUAACCAAAGAAGGUGAGGUAUCAAUUCUUCGGACUCAUUUAAAAACAAGUCAAGUGGCGGCAGACAAUGCUCGAUUGGAAAAGAUUAGAGUACAAGAAAGAGUGCAAAUGGAGUGGACAGACAAAUUAGCAGCAGCCAAUAAUCAAUUACAAGAUCUGAGAACGCAGUUAGACUUUAAGAAUCUCGAAAUUACAAGUAUUAAAGAGAAAUGCAAGAUGUUAGAAUCAUCCAAAGUCAGAUUAACUCAAGUGAAUAUUCCCAAGCAUGAUAUAUCAUUGAGUUAUAGAAACAAUAGUAUGCAUGGUAUGAGAGAUUUAAUAUCUUCAACACAACAAGCAAGAGUUAAAACUACUUGUAAAAAUGUACAAACAGAAUUUGGAACAUUAUCUAAUAUUGUAGAACUCAAUAUUGCAUAUAGACAGGAUCGAAAGAAGUUAAUUCAACUAUUACCUUUAACAGUAGAAUCAACAACGAAACAAUAUUCUCUAUUAGAAUAUAAUGAAAAGUUACAAAAACCAUCAGAUAUUUUACAUAGUAGAUGUAAAGUGUUUAGCACAUUUCAUAGGAUACCUAACACUCCAAGCGCUAGGCCUGAAAUCAGAUGUAAAGUUACACUAAAUGAUAUUUAUCAAGAUCUGGCUUUUAUUGCUGCUGAUGGAAUGGAAAUAGAACAGAAAGUACUCAAUAUUAUCCAAGCGGCUAAAAUAAUUUUACAAGAUGUAGAGCAGACAUUAAAUAUGUUAGAGUUAAGAAUGACAACGGCUUUCCUGAAGGAAAUUGACGAGAAAUAUAUUGACGCUAGCGCAAGCUUGCUGAUUGUCACUGAUGAAGAUUUGAUCUCCGGAAAAUCGCUGUACAGAGAAGAGCAGGCUCUCACAGCAAGAAGAAUCAUAUCAGUUCUGUAUCAUGUUCUAGAAGAUUCUAGAGCUAUGGAAAUAUUUAGCAGAUGUGAAGUUUCUAUUCAUCAAGGAAAUUUGCUGGAAAUUAUACAACGGAUAUGCAUUUUGUUAGAUAAAACUUCCUGUGCAGUAUUAUUUAGUGGUUUCUUACUAGCGGUGAUACAACUUUUGUAUAGAAUUUUAAUAAAUUCAAAUAAGAAUUCAACAAAUGAGAUCUUUAAAGUUAUAAAAACGAUAAUACAAUCCAGACCGAUGUUGUUCGUGACUUGUGAAACCUUACGACUGCUACGAAAAGUGGCGUCGACAGAAUCAACUGAAAUUAUUUUCUGUAAAGGCAGCGGUAGUGGGAAUUUAAAAUUGGAUUAUGAUCAAGGUGUGCUUUUGUAUAAGAAAGACUCAUGUUUACUUCAAGUGUUAUUAAAACAAAUCGAAGCCUCACUCAAAUGUAUUGAAAAGCAGAAAUUAAGAGAACAAGCCGCCUCCCUCUGCGGAGACCUCCUUCUCUUCUAUUCUGAUCUGAAUAUGCUGCAUGAUAGUGAAGAGAAACAAAGUUGCGAGUGUCGACAAACUUUCUUGCAAGUGAUUGUAUUUGCUUUGAGAACAUGCGCCGAUAUCAUCAUUGGAGAUAAAUCUGCGAGUGAUGACAGGUUAAUGUCGGUGUGCCGCGCGGGGCUGCGCGCGGUGCAGCGCGGCGCCGCACACGUGUGUCACAUGGCGCACGGCGAGGGCCAUCUGCUGCACUACUGCCACCUCAUGAUGACACCCCCGCUGCACCCGCACCAAGAACUGCACUCGAACAUGGUGUCUGAUGUGAUGUCGACACUUCAGAGCAGCCCCGAGGAGUCCCCUCCCUCGUACCACACGCAGCCCUGGAUUAACAGCUUCCAUAAUUUCUCACUCGCUGACUGAUACCUUCACGACACUAAAAGCGCGCACAUCUUUGACUAAACUAUCGCACGACUGUUGUGUGACUGUCGCAGACAAUUCUGUUUAUUUGCACAACUAAAAAUCGAGUAGUGUGCCAUAAUUUCAUAGGAAUCAAAGCGAGACAAAACAGUUGUGCGAUAGUUUACUCAAAGCUGUGCGCACUAAAUGCUAUCUUAAACCCCUGUUCCACCAGCCGACUGUCUGCGUCUGCGAAAAAGGGUCUUAUUUUAAGCGAAAAUUAAUUAAAAACGGCUCAACUCACGCUUUUUUUUUUUUUUU